AUGACAGCAUCGUUAAUUCCUCUGAACUGGCAUCACUUUGUUAGAUUCAAUUCAUCUUCACCGUCUUCGUUGAUUGAUUUACUCGAGACAACCAAGACGUACUUUAAGAGGAGCUCCACUCGCUCCAAGAUUGAUUCUCUACUGCACAUCGUCCCCAGGUCUGUCCCCAGGUCUGUCCCCAGGUCUGUCCCCAGGUCUGUCCCCAGGUCUGUCCCCAGGUCUGUCCCCAGGUCUGUCCCCCAGUCAGUCCUCAAGUCAGUUUCUCAGUCAGCCCCCAACUUGGUCCCCCGGUCGGUUGCCCAGUUCGUCCCCCAGAAAAUAACCAUAGGCCUUGUUCACUCUCAAUCGGUCCCCAGAGGUCUUCUUUUAGACUGUCUCAUUGACGAUCCUCUUAGUGGAGACAAGCAAUGGUCUCAUAUAUUUGAUACAUAUCGCAAAACACACCCCUCUAACAAUAUUCGUGUCACUUAUGCCAAUGAAUUUAGUCAAAUCAGCUACGAUACGUUUGGAGUGAAGUCACCAUUCCUCAAUAAGGACUUGAGGCUAGUUGAAGGAUCUCCAGAUAGCUCUGAUCUUCUAAAUCGUGAGUUGUUCAAUGAUAUCGAUCUCAUUGAUAUCAAUGACGGGUUCGAUCCCUCCGAUUGUCAGAUGUAUGUCUAUGUUAAAACCAGACCUUCUGAGGCCUUUGAACCGAGUGGUCACUAUCCAUUUUUGGAGGUUAUUAAUGGGGAGAGAGAAGAUGGUGCUCAUUUUAUAGUGGAAAAUCAUGCCAUUGAAGUUGAUCUUCACAAAAUAAAGCAUGCUAAUCGACUUCUUUCAGAGUCUACUGAGAAUAUUGAUCAGUAUCUUGAACUAUUAACCAACUCCAAUGCUCGUUCUUUACUUUACACGUUAAGUAAUGAAACUAGUGGUUAUAAACCUGUUAUAUUAUUAUUACGCUCGCUUUUAGUCGACCUUAGAGCUGAUCUACGUCGAGAAACGGAUACUUCUACACAGAAUUCCGGUGAUGAAUUGAGUAAACAGAUCGCUGAUUGGUCUCAGAUGUCACAUUUAGAAUUGCAGACCAAAGUUCGUCCAUACAUGGAUGAAAUAAUGAUGGGAAAGUUCACUAAACUCGGUCGAAUUUUAUGGAACUCGGACGAUUUGGCUUCUAUUAUGGCCAAAUAUCUGUUCGAUGACCACUUAGAGGUGAGAACAUCAUUAUUUGGUGUCAAGAAUAGAUGUCAUGGCUCGUUGAUAGACUCCAGCGGCAAUUUGAACUAUCUAGAAGGUAAAAUAGAUGGCAUCUUCCCCCAGGAUCUGCACAAUCCGCAGAAUCCGCAGAAUCCUUCAAGAGAUCCUUUGAAACAAUUAAGAGUUCAUAUUAUUCAAGACAAGUUGCCAGAAUUACAGGGAGUCCUCAAUAGUGUCCUCCUAAAAGAGUCCAUGGAGAUCCCUCUUCCGGUCUUCUGUAUAACUACUUUAGGCUACAUUGUGGAUUUCAUUGAUUUGAAUACUGCUGGCGCUAUCUUUGCCUUUAGUAUCGCAUUGGCUGCUUAUAGAGCGUCGCAUAAAAUCUUCAAAGAGAUGACCUCCUUUAGAGAUUGGUACCUGGACAGUUUGAGAGUUUCUAUCGACAGAAACUUGGUUCAUCUCAACAAUAAGUUGACUCAUAAUAUGGACCAGUACUCCAACCAUGUCGAUAGUAAAGCAGAGUUGAUUGACCAGUUGGAUAGCCAUCUACAACAUCUAGAAAACAUUAAACAUUAA